CCCCUUCUCCCAGCCCCCUCCAACUCCCGCACCUCUCCUCACACCUACGGGACAGGCUGCCUAGCUCUGGCUCCCCCCCAGCACACCCCUCUCCUCCCGCCGGAGAGAUGAGCUUAAAGAAGCAUCAGCAGCUGGGGAGCGGAAGUGGUGGGGUCACAGGUUCUGACCGGGACCUGCAGUCCACCGCUUCCUCCGUCUCCCUGCCGUCGGUGAAGAAAGCUCCGAAGAAGAGGCGUCUCUCCCUGGCUUCUCUUUUUCGAAGAAGAAGCCGGCAGAGGUCAAAGGAACCCCAGCGUCCUGGGUCAGGAGGCCUUGCAGGAGUGGAUGGCAUCGCCAGCAUUGAGAGCAUCCACUCUGAGAUGUGUAAUGACAAGAACUCUGCCUUCUUCUCUGUUGGUGUGGCAGGAGCUGCCUCUUUCUCAUCUGCCUUAGGGCCUUCCUCUUCUACCUCCUCCUCCUCUAAGAUGGGGGUGGGAGCGGGGGCAGAGUUACUGGAGUGCCCACUGUGCCUUCUACGCCUCUCCAGGGAGAGUUUCCCCGACAUCAUGACCUGUCCCCACCGCUCCUGCAUUGACUGCCUGCGCCAAUACCUGCGCAUCGAGAUCUCAGAGUCACGCGUCAACAUCAGCUGCCCCGAGUGCUCGGAGCGCUUCAACCCUCACGACAUCUGCAUGAUCCUCGGGGAUCGAGCUCUAAUGGAGAAAUAUGAGGAGUUUAUGCUGAGGAGGUGGUUGGUCGCUGAUCCGGACUGCCGCUGGUGCCCUGCGCCAGACUGUGGAUAUGCAGUCAUAGCCUUCGGGUGCGCCAGCUGUCCAAAGAUCACCUGCGGCAGGGAGGGCUGCGGCACAGAGUUCUGUUACCACUGCAAGCAGCUGUGGCAUCCCAACCAGACCUGCGACGCAGCGCGGCUGCAGAGAGCUCAGAGCCUCCGGCUGAGAACGGUGCGCUCGUCCUCCCUCAGUUACAGCCAGGAGAGCGGAGCUGCAGCCGACGACAUUAAACCCUGUCCUCGCUGCGCCGCUUACAUCAUCAAAAUGAAUGAUGGCAGCUGUAACCACAUGACCUGUGCCGUCUGCGGCUGUGAGUUCUGCUGGCUCUGCAUGAAGGAGAUCUCAGACUUGCACUACUUGAGUCCGUCAGGAUGCACAUUCUGGGGGAAGAAGCCGUGGAGCAGGAAGAAGAAGAUCCUUUGGCAGCUGGGGACUCUUGUGGGCGCCCCUGUUGGAAUCGCACUGAUUGCUGGGAUUGCGAUCCCCGCCAUGAUCAUUGGUAUACCUGUAUAUGUGGGAAGGAAGAUCCAUAACCGCUACGAAGGAAAGGACAUUUCCCGGCAUGAGAGGAACCUGGUGAUCGCUGGCGGAGUGACCCUGUCUGCCAUCGUGUCUCCUGUCGUGGCUGCAGUCACUGUCGGCAUCGGAGUCCCCAUCAUGCUGGCAUACGUGUACGGCGUGGUGCCCAUCUCUCUGUGCCGCAGUGGAGGUUGCGGCGUUUCGGCCGGGAACGGCAAAGGAGUUCGCAUCGAGUUUGACGACGAGAACGACAUGAACGUGGGCAGCGGGACCGGCGCUACGGACACCACAUCAGGAGCAGACACCAGGAACAAUCCCAGCAUAGGUGAAGGCAGUGUGGGGGGGAUGACGGGCAGCCUGAGCGCCAGCGGCAGCCACAUGGACCGCCUGGGAGCCGCCAGAGACAACCUGAGCGAGACGGCGUCCACCAUGGCUCUGGCCGGGGCCAGCAUCAGCGGCAGCCUCUCGGGCAGCGCCAUGGUCAACUACCUGCACAGGAUGGAGGUUCAGGCGGACGUGCAGAAGGAGCGCUGCAGCCUCAGCGGAGACUCUGCCACCGUCAGCCUGGGUACAAUCAGUGAUAACGCAAGCACCAAAGCCAUGGCCGGCUCCAUCCUGAGCGCCUACAUGCCUCUGGACAGAGAGGGAAACAGCAUGGAGGUCCAGGUGGACAUCGAAUCCAAACCUGCCAAACGGCGGCACCACAGCGGCAGUAGCAGCGUAGAGGACAGCAGCAACGCCGGCCGCUGCAGCUGGACCAACCCCCCCGCCGGCUGUAGCUCCUCAGAAGGCAGAGGGAGCGCGGCUAAGUGGGCCAAAGAGGCAUCCUGCUCCUCCUCUUCCAGCUCCGGGGGCAAAAAGAGCAAAGGCAAGCUGCGCAAGAAAGCAGGCGGAGGAACGAAGAUCAACGAGUCGCGGGAAGACAUGGACGCCCAGCUUUUAGAGCAGCGCAGCACCAACUCCUCCGAGUUCGACUCCCCGUCACUGAGCGGCAGCCUGCCCUCUGUGGCCGACUCGCAUUCCAGCCACUUCUCAGAGUUCAGCUGCUCCGACCUGGAAAGCAUGAAGACGUCUUGUAGCCAUGGCUCCAGCGGCGGGGACUACCACCCUCGCUUCGCCACCGUCAGCCCCUUACCGGAGGUGGAGAACGACCGCCUGGAGCUGUGCCCCGCCUCUCUGGCUUCAUCCCAGUCCCCAGCCUCCACCUCCUCCCCCCUGGGUAACGGCGCUCAGUUUUCUCGGCUCGGCUGCGUUAGAGACGAUAACGUUAACCCCGCGUGUCCCAGCGAGCCGGACUCCUGCAGCAACACCGGAGAGCUUUUAAAGGAACAGAACAACAAUCAUCAGGAGGAGGAGGAGGAGGCGCCGCAGACCAAGAACUCCAGCAUACAGACUGAUAUUUAA